AUGACAGCUGUAGACGGGUUCUCAAUACCCCAGACUGUACUUCGGUACUUUGACUUCUCGGCUACCCCCUAUACCGAGGCCUUUGGGCGGGAUGUCGCCAGGCGGAGAGGAUCGUAUCCUGGUGGACAACUCUUCUUGGAUCAGCUUCUUGGUCUCGCGUCUAUAGACGGCCCGACCCUGUAUCCGCCAACUUCUCCAGCCGGUCUUCGGCGGCUGAUACAUACGAUCCGUUCUGCCCAGAUCGACCGGCUAAAGCAAGACUGCUUUAUCUGCUAUCUCCUCUUGGAUUCGGACCGCGCCUCGGCGCCAACAAUACCGAACGGGAACGGCGUACACCACGAUGAGGACAUGGACGGCGAAUCUGGUAUGGAGCUGGUGAAGGCGGACAAGGGAAAGGGGAAGGGGAGGGCAAAAGACCUGGAGGCGGGCGGACAAGCGGAAGAGUUUGCGCGCAGGAGAUGUCUCCCGCAAGUCUGGAGAGGGUUCAUGUUUGGCUAUUGGGCACUAGAUCAUGGAAUGUGGGAGGACGCCGUCCAAUCACUCAUCAACCCCGCCAUCACAUCCCUCAAUUUCCUCCCUUCCAUCUUCUCCCUUUUGUCCACUCACGUCUCGCCCCCCUCCUCCGCCCUCUCCCUCAUCCACACGCUCUUCACUGCCCUGUCGCCCCCACUGGACACAGACGACCUGAUCGCCCUUCGGGCCGUCUCACUAGCGGCCACUUCGUCCCUCUCCGACUGCUUCAACUUCAUCCGGGUCCAACCACCUGCAUCACAGCAGAGCAUCCGGGAGACGAUCUACAACUGGGCCUUCGGCGCUCCUCGGAUACCGGUAGGAAAGGGUCCAGCAGGCGUGCAAGGCUCGGUCCUCACGCAACUCCUUCAUCUCCCUCUUCAGCCUGAAGAAUCGGCGCACCUCGUGCACUUCCUAACGCAUCCCCCGAGGUCGAUAUCCCCCGCGGCCUUGGAUCUCUUACAUGAACUAGUGACCGUCCGCCUUAUCCAUCAGGGCCAGUACGCCGAGUGCCUAGCGCUGGACAAGGAGCUCGCGGGGAGCGGGGCGGGCAAGGAGGAGGAUCGGCAGAAACGCCGGGAGAGGGUCAAGGAGUUUAUAUCCAUCUUGCCGGCGGCGCAGAGGAGGGUGUUGGAGCUGGAUGGGGAGGUGCGGCGGGAAGAGGGGAGGAUGGGGGACGGGGAUAACGGUAUGGAGGUGGACACGGAAAUGUCCAGCGCGGGACCGAGUACGAAAUCGAAUGGCGACGUCUUGGCGCCGAAACCAAUGCGUCUUCCCGCGCUCUUGUCCCUUACGGGUACGGGUGAUGGAUCUGCUGGACGCCCUUCCUCGCCCGCCCAACGGGUCGUCACUGCCCCCGCGAGGAACGUUUCGUCCCCCUUCGCAGGCCCGCCCCAGUUUGCGCGUACCGACUCGCCAUCCGCCUUACCCGGAACACCCACUCGAGGACCGGGUACUCCCGUACAGCGCCUAGCGUCAGGGUCGCCGUUUAUGCAGCCGCAGAGGAGCGUGGAGGUGCCCCGGCCGGCGAGGCGGAUUAUUGACGAUGAUGAUGAGGAGGAGGAGGCGAGAGAGGGAGGAAUGGGCGGCAGUAUGCUCAAUGGGAUUGGGCGGAAUGGGAGGCAGCGGCAGACGUCGGGUCGAUCUACCGCUGCGCCUGCAAAAGAGAAGGAGGCAGGUUCGAAUACGGAGAUGGAGACGGAAGAGGUUGGACCGAAGCCUGCGCCUGCUACAGCCGCUGCUUCGCAGGAGAAACAGGUCUCGGGGGAUAUGGCCCCUCCGCCGGUCCCUGCUUCUUCGAAGCCUACUUCGCGUAAAUCCAGCCGACAAACUCUUGCGCCAAAACAGCGCGAUCCGUCCCCUCCUCCUCCUAGCACGGCCCGCUCGACCCGGCGUCAGUCUACUGCACCUCCACCAGAGAGCGACCCGCCCGCGCCCGCCGCUGCAUCAGCAUCAUCAGCGAGAAAGACCGCUAAAUCCCGCCAGGUCGAAGCGGACGAGUCCGGCCCUUCCUCCUUCUCCAUGCCCGGCUCAUUUACUCCCGCACCGCCAACCCCUUCCUCCGUACCCCCGCCCAAAUCACGGAUGACCCGCUCCGCCUCCCGCGCCGUUUUAGACGAAGACCACCCUAACCCCGGCCCACCGGCCAAACGCACCCGGACACGGACUGCGCCGGGCCCUAGCGCGGGUGCGGGUGCGGGUGCGGGUGAUCGAAGGAAAGCGGCCAGUCCGACGCCUAGUGCAGCUGCGAGUGAGGCGCCGGAGGGCACGGGGAGGCGUACGACGAGGAGGGGGACGAGGGAGCCUAGUGUGGCUUCGAGUACAGGGAGGAGGGGGGUGACGCCCGCAGCUAGUGCGAGUGCGAGAGGGGGGAGUCCGACGGGGAGCGUGGUCAGUACGCGGUCAAAAGGCGGGAGGGAGGGGAGUAUGACGCCCCGAGUGACGAGGACGAGAAAGUAG